AUGGACUCCCCGUCCGUUGGGCCGGCUGAAGUAUCUGUCAUUGGCCGCAGAAGAACAUCUUCUGCACAGAGUACUAGUUUUGAGUACCCUACGAAUUGUCGUGUUGACGAGGAUAUCCUCUCUCGCAUUCGUGCACUAGUUUUAUCUCCGCAACCCCCCGCGCCACGAAAACAGAGCUUUCGGAAGCCUCGACGACUACAUCAGCCCCAAAAGCCUGCAAGAGGUGCACACUCUGACUCUGGAUACUUGGGCGUAGAGCCAUAUGCCUGUAACUUUCGGGGCUCUGACGGUAGCAUGGAUAUCGAUGUCCCACCUCUUCAAAUAUCUCGACAAAACUCCAACCCUAGUGUGUCUCCGAAACGUACAGCUAGAUUAAGAGGCUCGAGUUCUGCAAACGAUCUUCGGAUAGACGGUGGUGCUAGUGACAUUGAUCCUUCCACUGAUUCAAAGCUACUCAAGUCAACAUCUACACCCAAGAAGAAGUAUUUCACGCUUCCUAGAUUGGUAGUACGAGACAUCAAAGAGCCUGAUUACCCCAGCGGUACCAAAGUCGCAGUUGGAUCCUGCAUGCCACCGUUAAAGAAUAUAUACCACAAAGUUCCUACCGAAGAUAAAUCCGAUCAGGAUGUCAAUUCGACUUGUCCUCAUUGUGAGCAGCCAGCCGACGCAGAAUUUCCGGAACUUGCAGUAGCCGAUGCAAAGUUAUCCAGAUUCUCCACUCUUCCCCAGUCUCCUCCAGAAGAAGUGAAGGGCCAACCAGAAAUCGUCUGUUCCCCAACAUGUCCUCCAAAUUGCCAAGAACACUACAUCUAUCACCCACUACCCAAUAUUAUGCCUCCGGGGGAUCAGCUCAAUAUUGACAUAAGGCUGGCCGAAGAAGAUAUUGCCGACCUUGACUUUGCACUCAAUGAUAUCAAAGCUCAUGAGGCUUUAGGGCAAUCCUUGGGCUACAAACCCAAAUCACGCGAAUCUCGUGUCGAAGACAAUAUGAAAUCAGAGUCUUCCUUCAGAACGGCGACCAUAACAAAUCCAAGAGAUACUGAAGGAUCUCCACCUACAACCCGAGGAAGCAGUGUUAGCUCGGUUGACACAUUUCCUCAUGUUUUAAACCACUUGCCAGGGCCCAAGUCCAAGACUGCUGUUUCUAUAUCUAAGGAUGAGACGCGACAGGCUGUGCCGCCCAAACUAGGCCGAUCUCCCUCCGUUGGAUCUAUUCGAGCUAAACCAAAAACACCUUCAUUACUUUCUGGAGAAUCUAGAGCCUCUGUCCGCCACUCCUUGCUCAAAACAUCUCUAGCCACAGGUACGCCAGUAGAUACUGGGCUGCCAGUCUCACCAGUCUUAACGCCUGUAACAUUAGCAUCCAAUAGCGCGGCAGAAAAGGUUACUUCGCCACAGCAGAUCGCCACGCCAAGCUUGGGCACAAAGAUACCGCUAGAGCCAAUACUAGCAGAUCUUGCUGCAGCAGCUAGUCUCUCUUCAAUGAACCGUAAAAAUGAGAAAGACGACCUUGCGGACCCCUCUGAGAUGUCAUCGCAUAACAAAUUUGUUAUAGAAGAGAUAUCGCCUUCAUGUAUCAAGCUAGGCUACAUUGACAAGUCAAGUCCAUCAGUCCCAUUAUUGACUGCUGUUGUAACCGUUCCCAAGAAACCAGAGUCAACGGAGAACCUCGGAGAUACUUCUAGUAACAAACCCAAUAUUCCUGAACGCAAUGAAGCUCGUAAGAAGGUCGUUACAGAUCAGAAGUCCGUUGAAGAAAUACAGCGAAGAGAUGCCUCUGAAGUCUUUCCGUCGAUCGACCCCCUAAAUGCAUCCUACUGGGGCUUUGUCCCUGCAGUCAGAGACGCCGUUCAAGAUGCAGUCAAGGUAGCUGUUCGUAAUGCUAUACAAGACAUUGUCGUACCACCUGGGAUUGAAAAGACCGAGGCAUCUGAUGCCUACAGGAUGCUUGUUGCUGAUUCCCUAGCUGAAGCAGCUAAAACUGCCGAUGAAUAUCUUCGACGAGAUUCUUUAUGGACCCAGGCACCGGAAUCGGCUCUUGAUUCAGCCCCCGAAUCUUACUUUGAUGACAAGUCGGCUCAGAUAUCAAGAAUCGACUUCUCUCCAACCAAGGAAGAAGUGCCUAAAUCUCAAGGCCUUGCAGCAAAUGCGGGCGAAAUGGAAGAAAUACCUCUUGGCUCAACUAGCGGAAACAGGAGACAUGAAUCUUCAAAAGCCACUACCGCUAUCUAUGAUGCUAUCCCUCCACGAGAUUCUUCAAAAAAUCGUGCUCAGGCUUCCAAGAAUGGCACCGCAAAUGCAUCACCCACAUCUUCGCAAAAAGAUGCUUCAAGGCGACGCGGCUCAAAGGGAGCGUUGAUGUCAGUUGCAGACUCUACCACCAAUACUACUUCGGAUGACAGGACAAUGAAUAGCAAAAAUACCGUUCAUUGGCUCAAAGAGCUACUGAGCAGUAACGAUGCAUACGCACCUAGGCUGACCGCAUUACCACCCCGAUCUCGACGUGCCGAAGCUCUAAGCGGGUCUAGUGGUCGCCAAAGGUCAUUCACGGCACCAACAGAGGCUGUAGAGGAACUUUUUCUUGGCGCUACACCAAGCCCCCUCGAGACGAAGCCGAAGAUCACUUUUGCUGAUCCGAAAGACAAGGGGGCAGCUGUUGCAGCAACUUUUACAAGGACUAUCAACGAUCUUGAAAAACUUCUCAAUGAAGCACUAUCGAUUGCGAAACAAGCUGCGGAGAGGAAUGACGACAGCAGUGUCCCAAACAUUCUCAACAACGCAGCUGCAAUCUUGAAAGGUGGUCGCCAAUUCAUGGAUAGUGGAAAAACUUCUGUCUCCCAGAAAGUUCGUAGAAGACCUAGAGCAGAAGUAAUGUCAAGCGUUGAAAGUUUGCCAAGUGCUCACGAAAGUGCUCGCAGUUAUUCUGGAACAAGCACCGAAGGCAAUAAUGACGAUGAUGAGUUUACCGAUUAUGAAAUCAUAGACCAGGCACCUACCACGGACAUUAUUAUCGAGGCGCCGGUAGAAAAGCAAGAAUACCUGAAGAUAAUCGAUCCUAGCCUUGAUAUAUCCGACCAAGCUUUUAGAAGACGCGAACGAAGUGCAACGUGGGAUAGCUCUAGAGCUUUACAGGCUUUGGAUAUUCCGGUGGAUGUAAAGAAACAGAGAAUACUAACACAGCCCCACAGUAUAGCAAGACAGAGCACUGCGGGAGUUUCGCCAUCAUCUGAGUCCAAUAGGGUCAAUUCCAAUCCAGUUCAUGGCAAUCUUGAGAAACCAUCAAGAACAACCACAUCGGGCGGCUUUGGCUGGCAAGACAUAUCUGAGCAUCCUACGAUCUACCAAUCUCCCAGUCUUUUGCGUUCCCAGAGUGGCGAAGAGGUGCGUCCUGGAAAGCAACUCUAUGAAGAGGACACAACGACACUCGCAAAACUGCCAGUCACAACACUGCGUGGUAAAUCUUCGGUCUCGAAUAGUCUUGAUGGCUCACACCCCUCUGAGACGGUUGAUUUUCAGACAGGAUUCCAUCAUGAAUACAUUAUGCAGCAUGUCGAAGGAAGAGAUGGAUUAGCUCGAAGUCAACCACGGAGUCGACUGAGAAGUCGAGCUCAGACACAAUACCGGCAGGUUGCACAAGGUGGCGAGGGUGGAGAAGCGGGAGCAGGUGCUGGGGGUGAAGAAGACAGAGAUAAAGUAGUGGAACUACGAGACCAGCGCCCGGGCAUGAACCGAGAUGGCUCAAACCGAUCAGCAAACAUAAACAUGAAUAUGAGCCAUCAUUUUUUCAAUCUGCAAGGUAAAAGGCAUAUCAGUCUGAAAGAGCAUAAAGGAUUCAGUCUAUCAAGAACCCAUAAGCGCAGACCUAUUGCCAGAGAUUGGUCUCCUUCCCGCAAGAGAUUCACGGCUGUUAUAACGUGCCUCAGUACGUUCCUCAUCGGUCUUGUAAUCGGGAUUUAUGCUGGUGAGGUCCCUUCGAUUCAAUAUUCGAUUGUGGACCUGCACCAUUUCACGGUUCUUGGAAACGUUUUCUUUUUCAUAGGUCUUGCUAUUCCGACAACUUUCUUUUGGCCGCUUCCACUCUUGCACGGUCGAAAGCCAUAUAUUCUUGGUUCAAUGUCACUUGCUAUGCCGCUACUUUUUCCUCAAGCUCUGGCUGUUGGUGCAACUCGAAAUCCACAACUGGCCGGUUGGAGAAUUGGUUUGCUUCUGUCUCGAUCAUUCAUGGGAUUUGCACUUGGGUUUGCUAACAUGAACUUUCUGUCCACUUUGAUGGAUCUCUUUGGCGCGUCACUUCAAAGUGCUAAUCCUCAUCAAGAAUACGUUGAUGAGGGUGAUGUCAGACGUCAUGGCGGGGGCAUGGGUCUGUGGUUGGGAAUAUGGACCUGGUGUUAUGUUGGGUCUAUUGGGGUUGGAUUCUUGCUAGGUGCAGUCAUUAUCAACUUUUUGACGCCUGCUUGGGGCUUUUACAUUAGUAUUGCCAUUCUUGCUCUAGUCUUGGUUUUGAAUGUUGUUGCUCCCGAAGUUCGACGUUCUGCCUUUAGACGAUCUGUUGCCGAAGUAAGGAAAGACGAUCAGGUUUCUAGAAGAUUAGCAAAGGGCGAGGUUAAAAUGCAUAGAGUUCAUACCGGACCCAAGUGGUGGGGCGAGGAAUUUCAUCAUGGUGUGUUGUUGACGAAGAGUAUGAUGCGUCAGCCGGGAUUUCUGGUUCUAGCAUUCUAUCAGGCGUGGAUUUAUGGUCAGAUUAUUUUGAUCAUGAUUCUUCUCGGUUCACUGACUUCGAAAUACUAUAAAUUCAAAUCUCCAUAUGUUGGGGCAAGCGUGGCAUCAAUUCCGCUCGGUGCACUCCUCUCUGUUCCAUUCCAAAAAGCAGGAAUCUUCAGUCGAGAACGUAAAGAGGGGAUGGAAAGUGACGAUGAUACUUUGAAGAAAAAGAAAGUCUCAUUAUCAUCUCAUUUCGUUCGUCGUACAAUUUUUGUUAUACUUCUUCCAUUCAUGGGCCUAGCUUAUACACUUUCAUCUACUGGACCACCCGUUCCAUUUAUGUUGCCUAUCAUUUGGGCUGCUGCAAUUGGUUUUCUCUCGAACCUUGCAGUCGCUGAAUGUAAUGGUAUUAUUAUGGAAACUUUCGAUACUUCGGAUCUCCAGCCUGGUAUGACGGGACGCCCAAGAAGCGGGAGUAAAACCGGAAAAGUAACCAAUUACUCCUGUUUUCCACGUGUGUGUGCUGCCUUUGGAAUUACGCAAGGAAUGGGAUUCUGUAUUGCAGCGAUGGCAAGUGGUAUUGGAGGAGUGGCACAAAGACAUCUGGGUCAACAGGCCGCUACGGGCGUCAUGUGUGGUGUUUUACUGAUUCUCUCCAUUCUUCUCAUCUGUGUUCUUGCACGGUUUCAAGAUGUACAAAUUAUCCCGGAAUCGAAGACUGGCGAGAUGGAACGUUAUCAGGCAAUGAAGAGGGAACAAUAUAUUCAAGGGAACACGGGAAAUGGUGCGGAUGAAGAAUGGAGACCCAUUAUUAUUGGGAACCCAACACACAUCAUGCGCAGAAUGAGCGUAUUGGAAAUGGGCAGUAUGACGAGGUGGACCGAAAUUCGAAAUAAAAAUCGAUUGGUAGAUGAAAAGAGUUUGGAGGCUAGACAUGCAAAUUUGAAUACGUUGGUUCAGGUAGAGAAGAAGCUGAAAGAGAAGAGGAAACAUGUUGUUGAGACAGUGAGGAGGAGCUUGAGUGGGAGCAGAGAUGGUGGGGAUGAUGUUAGAGAGUAUAGUUAUGAGGAGAAGAUUACGACUCGUAAUUUAGAUGAUAGAAUGGGAAAGGUUAUGGGCAAUAGUGGGAGAGAGAGUCGAGGUGGGGAUGUGAGAGAGAGGGUGGUGCAGGAGAAGGAGGUUACGACAACGCAGAGGAGUAUGCCGAUCCCACAGGGCGAAUUGAGCGGGUUGGCAGAAAUUGAUUUGGGGGUACCGGAAGCAGGCAAUGCUGAAGUGGAGGAUCAAGGAGAGAGAAAUGGGGGUGCUAGGAGUAGAGGGGGGAGAAGUAGAGGAGAGACAAGAGAUAGUGCGAGGGAUGGAGAGAGAGACAGGGACAGAGAGGGUUACGACCCGAGAUUGAGGAGAGGUACGGUGGUCGGUAGUAGAGGGGAUAUCAUUGGGGAGUUGAUGAAGUGA